UGUUUUUUUUUUUGGUUUUUUUUAGUUUAAAGUUUAGGGUUUAAUAAAAUCAGAAGAGCAGAGAAAGUAGUGAUUAGAUUGUAAACAUCUAGUAGUCUAGUGUUUAUCUAGUACUUUGCAUUGACCUUUGGCAUGGCUUCAAAUUGAAUAGUUAAUUUUAUGCAUUCGGAUGCAUAAAUUCUAUGUUAUUAGUCAUUAUAUAAGCGUUGUUGCAUAAACUUAUCAUUGCAGAAAAAUGCCCAACUCUGCUAUCAGAAAAUGUGCUCGUGUGCAGUUGAUUAAGAAUGGAAAAAAGAUUGCUGCUUUCGUGCCCAAUGAUGGUUGUUUGAACUUCAUUGAGGAAAAUGAUGAGGUGUUGAUUGCUGGAUUUGGUCGUAAAGGACAUGCUGUGGGAGAUAUUCCUGGAGUCCGAUUUAAGGUUGUCAAGGUUGCUGGUGUCUCUCUUCUAGCUCUGUUCAAGGAAAAGAAGGAAAAACCCAGGUCCUAGGUUAAGGUUGUUGGUUUUGUCUUAAAUUUUGCCUACUCAAAUGAACUUGUACCGUCUUGAAAUGAAUACUGAGCAUCCUUAAAAAGAGACACCCUCCCUACUUUGUUUUGUGCUCUAUCCGUGUCUAUUCAAGAUGAUUUUCUAUACUCUUAGUUAUUUGCUUAUAUUUUCAAUUGGUUUAUUUACUUCUCUUAACGAUGUCAUGAAAAUUUCCGGAAUUUAUGUUAACAAGAUCAGCUUUUUAAUGAUCUUGCAUUUAUAAAAAAAAAAGGUCUUUGGAUCUCCUAAAAACUGCUUUAAAACACAACAAUUAACCAUUCAUUCAUUCUCAAAGAUGAUGCUUAACUAGGCAUUUGUAUUCAGGUAUGCUUCAUGGAGUGUUAUGAAAGCAACUGCACUUAUAUUAUUAAUAUAUAUUAGCUCACUUGAUUGAAUUUUUUGGUGAACAUUUCUUGCAGAAUAUUCCUCAGAAGUUCAUGGAGUGUUUCAAGGAGAAACUCUCCCCGUGGUGUACACUUAUAGCGCCAAGUAAACACAAAUGGAAAAUCAGACUCUCGAGUACAUAUGAUGAAAGGCCAUUUGUGUUUACAGAUGGAUGGAAACAGUUUGUUCGUGACAAUGGAGUGGAAACAAAAGUACUUCAUAUCGAAUAGGCGGGAUCUUAAACCUGGAGAAAAGAAAAGGGCUUCCAAGAUGGCAGAGUGUUAUAGGCGCAGCAUGAAGGAUAAUAAGAGAGUGUUUCCUGUGUUUCAGAUAGCCAAAAGUACUUCAUAUCGAAUUUAUGUUUUUUUUUUGGUAUUUUUGGUGUUUGAGAAUUGGGACUUUAUACUUUUAUAGACUUUAUGUAGUUU